UCCGUGUUUUCUCGACACAAAAUGGCACGCUAUCCGUGGAACAGGAUCAAUAUUACCAUUCCCGGUGCUUUUUCCAAAGUCUGCGUACAUUUUACUUCGAAAACAGACACCACUGUGAAAAACCUCCUGGCGGAGAACGACAACGUCCUCAAGGUACUUCGAAGUAGGUUUCUUCAGACGGAAGUUCGAGUUCUAUACGAUUUGCUCUACAAUCUCAACAAUAGCGCAAGAGGCAACAAAACCUUUCGAGUCCUAAAGCAGGUUGAACAGUGCGUUAACAGACUGAAGGAGAUGAAGUUGGACUCCGCUCUGCAGAGUUUGAGCGAUUUGUGUCCCAAUAGGAUCCAAAGGCAGCUGAGCAUGAAGGCCGGUGAAGCCGAUCUUCCCAGCCAACCCAGGCUGGAGUGGCAAUGUCUCAAAGUGCUGGGAGCUGCGCAACUGAUGAGCUGCACAAUGAAACGCUGUAGCAGAGCUUUUGUCUUAUCCAAGCAGCACAUGAAAUAUGAGUUCAUCAUCCUGAAUUUGGUGAUAACCAGCAUGCUCAGUCGCCUCUGGGUUAUUUUCAGAGGGAUCCUGGCCAGCUUGUCUGUUCUGUACCAGCAGCUCUUGGAGCUCCGGGCGGAAGUAGCCCUCGCUCGGCCCAUGCCCUUCCUCACAGACUUCAACCUGCCCGCAAAUAUGGCUGACUUCCUAGGUCCUUCUGAUGCAGCUUUACUCGUUGUGAAACCCAAAUCUGAUCUCCACGUCACGGGACACAAGGCAAACAAGGAGAGACGGAAGGCUCGUGUCAAAGCAAAUCACCGGGGACAGCUGAGGAAGGUUCAACAAGACCUGGGUGUUGUUGUGCAAAGAGGGUUGGUGUUGGAUACUAGCGUAAAGUCUAGUCAAAGCAUUUCCAGCACUGAUGCAAAGAAUACAAUCCUCCCAGAGAAACAACACCAUGCUGAGAGGAAGCGGAUGUUUCAGAGACUCAUGAGGCAAGCCGCCACGUUCAAAGACACGGCCUCCAAUCUAGAAGAAAUGAUCUUGUGGUGCAAAUCCCAGAAACUGAAUAAAACUAAACGACUUUUAACCUUCCUGAGAUUAAAGUGCUGGCGGAUGAGAGGAGCAGAGGCUGCAGGUUACAAUGUGCAGAAGAAGUUGCAGGCGUUCAAACAAGAAGUUCGCCAGGCUUUUUUCCGUGUUCAAGGCCCAGUUCUGAAGACCCGCCGCCCAUUCGCUGCGUGCCGGAGACGUGGUUGCCUGAGAACCCGUCUGUGGUCACUCAGGAGGCAGUUUAGAUCAUCCAAAAUGAGAAAUAAUGCGACAAAUGGACUCAAAUCAAAGAAGCGUGUGUCGCUUGCAGUCCAGACAGAUGAUUGGAUAAGCAGAACAAUAGGCAGGACAACUGCCUUGAUGUUUAACCGUAGCAGUACAGAUGACAUAGAUGAUAUUUUUGCCUUAGUGGGUUUGUAACUGUUUUUAAAUUCCCCUAUUCAUCGAUUUUUAUGCCAUUUAGCCUUUGCAGGCUCACAAGUGGGUGAAGUGGGAUAUACCCUGGACUGAUGACCUUUUAAUCACAGGGCUGACACAUUGAAGCGAACAACCUUUCUCACAUGAGUCAUUUUUAAGUCUUCAGUUAGCUGAUUGUUUGUUUGGUGAAGUUGCAGACGAAUCUACACACUACAUCAUGAAAAACACUUUAUAAUUGCUUGUAUACAAAUUGUUGGAAAAGCCAAGUAAAGGUUUUAUCUGACCGUUUCCGAGCAUUAUAAUUCAGCAGCUUGGUGAUGAAGUGCUACCUCCAUGAGUGGAAAUGCAAUCCAUGUUGUCUUUGCUCCACCCCAACUCAUCUUCAGUAUAUAGGGCCGAAAUAACUUGCACACUAACAUGAGACAGGGCCGCCCUCUCAAAUUAGGCAAAUUUUAGCAAGACAAAGAUAACGCACUGCUUCAAAUAGUGAAAAAAAUGCUUAGUGUCUCUUUUUUAAAAGAAUCGUGAAAGCGACUGAUAAUUGUUACAUUUAUAAUAAAGCAACUGAUUCCACAGCAUCUUAACGUGUUUUGUAUUGCUGCACUUCGAGUUUUGUUCCUACAGUAACGACGUAACUCAAAUUUGUAGUUAUUGGGAACAUAUGCUAACAGAAAUUUCAUUGGAAUGGCACCAAACAAAAGUUCCAGCAUCAUCACCUUGCCCAAUUCAGAUUUGUGAUUCAUCUCUGAAUAUCACAUUCAUCCAGUCACCCACAGUCCAUUAAUGCUUUUCUUUACACCACUGUAACCUUGUUUUUUUCCCUUCUGUUUAGGUGUGAAGGAUUGCUUUCGUUUGGCUUUCCUGGAUUUAAAUCCCAUUUCCUUUAGGCGGUUUCUUGCAGUUCGGUCACAGACGUUGACCCCAGUUUCCUCCCAUAUUUACCUCAUUUAUAUUGUUGUGCAUUUUCUAUUUUCAAGACAUAUUGCUUUAAGUUUUCUAUCUUGACGCUUUGAGGUCUUCCUUGGUGUACCAGGAUGCUUUCCUUUUACAACCUUCUCAUUUUUUUUGUAUUUGGUCCAGAUUUUACACACUGUUAUUUGACCUUGCUGAAGAAGUUUUAUAAUUCACACCUUGGUUUCCACUGACAUCUCUCAUGUUGGAGCCAUGAUUCGUGUCAAUCCACUUGGGGCAACAGCUCUCCAAGUUGUGAGCACUCUUGUUUUUUUCUAAACUGCAGACUCAGCAGAUUCAAUCUGAUGAUGUGUUCGUUUUCAAACUGAAAAUUACAAGAUGACUCCCUAUUUCUUUCCACAGAAUUGAGCAAGUCCAUAUUUUUAUCUUUUACUUGCUCUAAAAAAACGUGACUGACUACAACAAUUCUCUUUCUUGCUUAUUUAAAGUAUUUCUUAAAGCCACAAGGGUGGUAUUUUGAAUAAAAAUGGUUUUGUGGGACAGCUUUAGUUUGCCUUUUUUUUCUUCUUCAAAAUUAAACAUUCUUCACAC